AUGAGACUGUGGUCUGAGGACCACCUCUGCGCCCCCCCCGCCCCCCCCCCCCCCCGCACGCCGUCUGUCCUGCUGCGGCUCUGGCCUAAGGGAGAAGGGGCAGGGGCCUGUCUGGCUGAGUUGUCCUCCUCAUGCUCCCCCUUCUGCAUUUCCCGGUGGAUUAAAGCUCCUCACCUCUUCCUCUUCAGAGCAGGAAUGUCUGCAUGGGAUAGCGCCAUCCUGUUUGCCACCCCAGAGCCUCAGGCUGGGAGAGAACUUGGACCUCAGAAAGUGGGGCCACCUGUUCCCAGAGGAGAACACUGCUUCCAGAGAACACUGCCCACGCCACGCCAUGACCGCACGAGGGGCGGCGAGUGCUGCAGGCUCUGGGGACCACGGCUCCCUUUCCUCUGGCCCCACCUCUGGGCCCAGAGCCGGCCCUCAAGGCCAGUGUGUCGGGCCAGGUGGUGCUGGCAGCUGCAGAGCCUGGACCAGAGGCGCAGCGCAGCCCGCAGGCACCUGCGAAGCCACCACGCGCUCCCGCUGCGGGUGUGCCCGGCGGCGCCGGCUGAUCUGGGCCACCUGGUCCGCCGGGUCCCGGGCGCAGGCCGCGUUCACGGCGACGUAGUCGGCGCCAUCGUGGGCGAACUGCCCAGAAGCGCGCAGGAGGCGCCCGUCGGGCCCAGGUCGCAGCCAGACGUCCCCUGGGAGGUGGGGCCGGACUCGCUCUGGUUGUAGCCGAGGGCGUCUGCGGGCUCCCGUGCGGGUUCCCAAGCUGCGCCCCCCCCGCCCCCCGCGGCUCCACCU